AACUCGGUCCAAAAAGCUGCCUGCUGCGCACACUACUAGUAUACAUUUCUUCGUCCACGGACAACAGCACCCCUCUUUCCUCCAUCAAACCCUCUCCUCCCUCUCGCGCUCUCUCUCUCUCUCUCUCUCUCUCUUCUCUCUGCAAAUUUAGGCCUCUUCUUUCGAUCGCAGGUUCACGGGAGAAAGAAGAAAAGAAGAAGAAGAGGAAGAAGAAGAGGAAGAAGAGAGGGAGGCCUAGCUAGCUAGCACGCACUAUUUGCAUUUGGAGUGGACGAGCACUUUCCCUCACUCACAUUCACACAUUGCAGCUUUUCAUCAGCUCCCGAUCAGCUUUCCUUUGGCUUGUGUCUCACUCGACUCGACUCGACUCCACUCUUUGGCGACAAGGCCGGCUGACCGAGGCCGCUGUCCGUCGUCAGGCAACUGGAUCUGUGCCGCUGCCGCAGCGUGCGAAGUUGGGGACCGGGAAUAUCCGUCGCCAAGGGCACUGUGACGAAGUCCCUCCAAGGAUUUGCAUUCUUCAUGCAGCAGCUAGCCAAAUGUACGUGAUCCUUGGCUCCAGGCAGGGGGUUGAGAUUCAGAUUGGGGGUCCAAGAAUGAAUUGGUGGUAUAGCAGCAUAGCUAGUUACUAGAACAUCGAUUCGCUCGCGUCUGCUCAGCUCAAUUUUGGGUUGAGCCAGACAAGCUAUAGUACUUCUCUGGGCCGCAAUGCAGCUUGCAUAAGCCAACAGAUCGGGAGCUCCCUCUCUCUAGUGGUAGCUGCUGGCUAGAGAGAAUUAAGCACCCAGCAGCAGAGGCUAGACACCAUCUUGGUGUUUGCAUCCGCAAUGGAUCAGGCUGCGCACGCGCAGGCAGAGGGGCUGCUGCCCGAGACAAUGCAGGGCGUGCAGGGGGAACCGAGCAUGAUCGACCAGAUCAAUGCGAUGUGGCUCCAGAUUCGAGCGCCAUACAUUGCCCCGGCAUUGCAGGUGGGCGUCAACAUCUGCCUGGUGAUGCUGCUCAUGCUCUUCGUGGAGCGGCUCUACAUGGCGCUGGUGAUGGUGCUGGUCAAGCUGUCGGGCAAGAGGCCCGAGAACAAGUAUAAGUGGGAGCCCAUCAAGGACGACCUCGAGUCGGGCAAUUCGGCCUAUCCCAUGGUGCUGGUCCAGGUGCCCAUGUACAACGAGCGCGAGGUGUACCAGCUCUCAAUUGGCGCUGCUUGUGGCCUCUCGUGGCCUUCGGACCGCAUUAUUGUGCAAAUCCUGGACGAUUCGACCGACCUCACCAUCAAGGUUUGCCUAGAGCUUCCCUCUUGGAACUAUGUGGAUGGAUGUGAUUGGAUGUUUUACACGCAGAAUCUGGUGGAGCUCGAGUGCCAGAGAUGGGCGAGCAAAGGGGUGAACAUCAAGUAUGAGAUCCGGGACAACAGGAAUGGCUACAAGGCGGGGGCGCUCAAGGAGGGCAUGAAGCGCAGCUAUGUCAAGGACUGCGACUAUGUGGCCAUCUUCGACGCGGAUUUCCAGCCCGAGCCCGAUUUCUUGUGGCGGACCAUCCCCUACCUGGUGCACAACGCCGACAUUGGUCUCGUUCAAGCCCGCUGGAAAUUCGUGAAUGCCGACGAGUGCAUGAUGACACGGAUGCAGGAGAUGUCGCUGAGUUACCAUUUUACCGUGGAGCAAUCUGUGGGAUCCGCAACCUAUGCUUUCUUUGGAUUCAAUGGCACUGCUGGAGUUUGGCGCAUUGCGGCCAUUAGUGAAGCUGGAGGGUGGAACAGUCGGACCACGGUUGAGGACAUGGACUUGGCAGUCCGUGCGGGGCUCAGAGGCUGGAAGUUCGUUUAUCUAGAUGACCUGUCGGUGAAGAACGAGCUUCCCAGUACAUUUAAGGCCUAUCGUUAUCAGCAGCACAGAUGGUCAUGUGGGCCGGCUAACCUCUUUCGGAAGAUGAUUCCGGGGGUUUUGGCUGCUAAGAAAGUAAGCAUGCUCAAGAAGUUCAGCAUUCUUUAUUCUUUCUUUCUGGUGCGGAAGAUUGUAGCACACCUUGUCACAUUCAUAUUCUUCUGCGUCGUGGUGCCAACAUGCGUGCUGGUGCCCGAGGUCAACUUACCAAAGUGGGGCUCCAUUUAUCUUCCGUCGAUGAUAACGCUGCUAAACUGCAUGGCAACUCCAAAGUCACUCCCCUUCCUAGUCUUCUGGGUCCUGUUUGAGAACGUCAUGUCCAUGCACAGAACCAAAGCGACGUUCACCGGGUUGCUGGACAUCGGCCGUGUCAACGAGUGGAUUGUGACGGAGAAGCUCGGGGACGCCCUCAAGAUAAAGUUUGCAAAACUAAAGCAAAAACCAAAGCAGAAGAUCGGAGAAAGGUUGUUCGUCCAGGAGCUGAUCGUCGGCCUGUACAUCUUCUUUUGCGCGUCUUACGAUUUGGCCUUCGGGCGCGACCGUUACUACAUCUAUCUCUACUUGCAAGCAGUCGCAUUCUUCAUCAUGGGCUUUGGGUACAUUGGCACUUACGUUCCCAACACUUAGAAAAGCAAAGGCAGCAACGCGGUUUUGGUGGGGUGAGGAGAUUUGCCUCUCGUUUUCGGUUCCUCCUUUUUUUUUUCUUUGUGGCUGGUAAGCGUUAGUUCCACUGUACUUUACAAGUCGGGAUUGUAGCUAUAGGCUAGGAGAGAUUGAGUAGAGAGUUUGACUCAUCACAUCGUCGUCGUCAUCAACAGCAGUGCUUCUUCAUGACACUGGCAGAUCAUCUGAGAAUUGCAAGAAAAGGGAGGCGGUUGAUCAAACAAAAUCAGUGUAUAUAGCCGGCCAGACACAGAACCGGGGGAGGAGGCAGUGAUAAUAAACAUGAAAGGAACAGCAAACACCAUCUGAAGGUAUAUGCGUGGCAAGCGAGCGAGCGAGCUGUGUAUAUAGGAGGGUCGGGAGAGACAGCGGAGCGGACAGAAGAAAAUAAUUUUGACAACACCAUUUUCAUGAUAAACAUCUCCAAUAAACUGGCGCAAGCACCAAUUUGCUUGCUUCGUUUGAA